CAUGGAAAACAUAUUGACUACACAAAAGUUUAAAUGCAGUGUCAGCUCAGUUUUAAAUAAAGACACAAAACAACACGGCAAACAAUAUCUGUACGACGAACAAGAUGAUACAGCAUGGAGUUCAAAUGAAGGUACCCCCCAAUAUAUACACAUAGAAUUUGAGGAGUUGCAAACAAUAUCAUCGUUUGCAUUUCAAUUUCAAGGUGGUUUUGCUGCAAAAGAUGCUAAGGUAGAGAUUCACGGUGCGGAUAAUGGAGUAGCAUAUGAACAACCAUUCUAUGCCGAGGAUAUUAAUGCGGUACAAAGCUUUGAACUUAAAGAACCUCAAAGCAAUGUGAAGAGAGUAAAAUUUGUAUUUAGUUCAAGUACAGACUUUUUCGGUCGUAUUAUUGUCUAUAAUUUAAGAAUAUUUAAGUAA